AUGGUAGCAAAUGUUAAGAGAACAAUAAGAAUUAGAACUACACAACAUAUAUUGCCAGAUGUUCCACCAGUAGAGAACUUUCCAAUGCGUGAAUGGAGCAUUGAACUCACGAUGCUAGAUAAAGACGGCAAUGAAAUCCCAAUUACUAUUUUAGAUAAAGUCGUAUACCAUCUACAUCCAACUUUUGCAAAUCCAAAUAGAACCUUCACUGACGCACCAUACAAGAUUGUCGAACAAGGAUGGGGUGGUUUCCCAUUACAUAUAAGUCUUUUCUUACUGGAGAAAGCUGGCGAAAAGAAAAUCACACAUGAUUUAAACUUCUUACAGGAUACUUAUGCAAGUGAUCAUAUCAUUCAAGUACCAGUCAAUAAGCCUCUACUGGUAGAGGAAUUAGCAAAGAGUGGCCCUGUGGAGGAGCCAACCACGAAGAGAAAAGUGGCGGCAGCCACUACAAAUGGCGAAUCAAAGACUAAAAAGGCAAAGACUACCAGUAAUACGCCGAUGAUCAAAGGAGAUGUUGAUAUCGAAAGAUUGGCUUUUGGUUUGACCAAAUUGAAAGAAGAUGAUUUAGUCGGUGUCGUUCAAAUGAUUACCGAUAAUAGAACACCUGAAAUGGAUGUAACAAACAACGUGGAGGAAGGCGAAUUUGUUAUGGACUUGUUUAGUUUACCUGAAAGUUUAUUAAAGAGUCUAUGGGACUAUGUCAAGAAAAACACAGAAAAUUAG